AUGGCCAUCCCCGAGUCUCAGCUGUGUCUUGAUUUAGAAACUGGGUAUGCUGAGGUCAUCAUAUCAGUUGGGAAAGUAACUUUUGGUGAGCACCAAAGAAAAGAAAAGCUUCCAGAAGAAAAGCAAAGGAUAGUUAUAGGGGAAAUUGAAAAUGAAAUACCACCCGUGAAAGCCAAAAAGGGAGCUGUGAAAGGGAAGAAAAAGGGAGAUCAGCAGAAAAAGCUGGAAAAGGAACGGGAAAGUGAAGUGCUUAAACUCGCCCGGGCAGCCUGUGCUUUGCUCAACUCAGGUGGAGGUGUGAUACGGGCAUCAAUUGCAAACCAAGGCUUCUACUGCAUUGAAGAUGGACUUGGUCAGGACAUACAAGGGGCCUUUCAGGAAUGUAUUCAUUCAAAAGAAUUAUCUGAAUAUUUUGACUUUAUCCCGCAAGAUCAACACUUGAUGAUUUGGGUGAAGGCCUGGAGCAGCUCAAACUCCUCCAAGCCACGGAUUUGUAACGUGAAAACCGGCUUGUACCAGCGCAACGGGGAAUCUACUAUGAAACUGAAGGAUCUGACUUUUCUGAAAGAGAAGCUAGCUUAUGCCAAGUGUGCUCCUGAAGACAAGAUGAGUCCUAAGAGGCCCCGUCUUCAGGACAAUGUCAAAGGUUCAACAGGAGUUGCUGUAGAAAUGGCAGAUGGCAUCUGGAAGGCUGCUGUUCAGUUUUUUGAACGAGACUGCCUGAAGUAUGGCGAGAUCCUGGGCUUCGCUGAAUGGACAAUGGUGGAGUUUAAGGCUUUCCCAAAAGAAGAUAAUAGCUUAGAUUUUGUUCGAAAUAGGCUCCAGCGAUAUGCUUCUGCUUUUGCAAAUACCCAAGGGGGAUACUUAAUUUUUGGUGUGGACAAUCUUCAGAAAGUUGUUGGGUGUAAAAGAAAUAUAAAUCCAACCCAAGUGAAAGAGGUAGUUGCAACAACCAUUGAUUCUAUGCCCUGCUUCCAUUUAUCUGCCUCUAAGCCCAAAGUUGACUAUGAAUUUAAAGCCCAGGCUGUUCAUGAUGAACACGGAGAGGGACAUGGUUAUGUCUUCGUUGUGAAAAUCAAAUCGUUCCACGGCAUUGUCUUUUCGGAAGAGCCAGAUUCAUGGACGGUGGAGGCUGACCAUCUGAAGAGAUUUGAGAUUGCUGAAUGGGUUCAAAUGAUGACAGUGGUAGACCCAGAUCUUUCAAAGCUGGCUGAGCAAUUCACGAUGGAGCUGAGUCUGUCAGACGGGCCUCCGAUGAUCAAGCCAGUGUAUUCAGUGCAAGGUUUGGACAGCUUGGAUGUGCUGCGGAGGAAGCUUUUUCCAGAGUCCGACAGGGUGACUUUUAUUCCCCAACCUCUCUGUGAGAAGCUGUUCUCAGAGCACCCAGGGCUGAAGGCUUUGCUAGAAAGGGAAAUUCAGCCCUCGGCUCGAGGGACGCUGAUGUUUUCAAGAAGCUGGGCUGUGGAUAUUGGGUUGCCCAAGAACCGGGCCAUCGUGUGCGAUGCGCUUUUGAUGGCUGUCGGACACUAUCCCGUCCUUUAUACCAUAGUUGAGAAUCCCACCUCUGACGUGUGUGAGCAUUCAAGACGCACUGCCAGGCUGCUAAAGCAGAAGCUGGUGAAUGUUGGAGGAUAUGCUCAGAAGAUCUGUGUGGUUCCCAAGAUCUUGAAUCUGCAGAUUGCCAAUGCACAGAAUGCUGAAAACCAGGGACUGCAGUACCCCAGAGCCUAUGGGCUGCGGCAAGAACACCUGCCCAGGUUACAAAAGGCGCUCGUUACAGUCUUGCUUGGCUUCACCUCCUUUUUGAGUGACUUCAUCGGAGUGGAGUUUCUUAAUCUCUUGACCCUCGAACAAUAUGAAUACCUCUCCACGAAGCUUGAUGAGACCAGAGACCAUUUUAUAUAUGGCAUACCCGGAAGUGGCAAAACCGUGGUGGCCUUGAAGAUUAUUGAGAAAAUAAAGAAUGAGUUUGAUUGCCAACUCCAUGAAAUACUUUACAUUUGUGAAAACAAACCGCUGCGGGAUUUUGUCGGGCAGAAAGGGUACCACGCGGUGACAAGAGCUGUAUUCAUGAAGGACAAUUAUCCGAACAUCAAGCACAUUGUGGUCGAUGAAGCUCAGAAUUUCCGAGUGGAGCAUGGCCAGUGGUAUAAGAAAGCCUGUAACAUUGUCAGACGUGACCUUAACACUCCUGGGAUCUUCUGGAUUUUUUUGGACUACUUCCAAAUGAGUCAUCCUUUUAACAGUGGUCUCCCACUUCCCUCGCAACAGUAUCCGCAGGAGUGUCUGACUAAGGGAGUCCGGAAUGCCUCUGCCAUCUACGAAGUGGUGAGAUCAGAGAUGGAAAAAAUAGUCGAAGCAAAGCGGUUAAACAUCCCUUACCCACGGCUGGAAAAGUUGCUGGGCAGAGCAUGCUGUGGCAAUUCUGUGGUGGGCCGUUGCCGUUCCAAGCCCCAGAUGGAGGUGAGGGAGAUUGUGCGUUAUGUGGCCCGAGAAUGUCAGAUCUACCUGGACAAGGGCUACUCCAGGAGAGAUAUUGCAAUUCUGUGCAGCACGAAAGAAAAAGCUUCCUACUACCGACCGUUCUUGGUCGAGGAGAUGAGAAAACUCCGCCUGGAUGUUUGUUUCGUGCAAGCCAAUGAGCUCCUGAGAGAUGAGAUUGUCCUCGACAGCGCUCGUCGUUUUGCAGGCCUCGAGAGGACCAUCGUGUUCGGUAUCAACCCCGUCCCUACGCAGCAAGAGGUUUCGCACAACCUUUUGCUCUGCGUGGCCUCCAGAGCAAACCAGCAACUUCAUGUGCUGUACGAAAAGGAGGUUCUGUAG